AGACGCCGCUACUACUACCACGUCUGCCGCUGCUAAUACCACGUCGUCCGCCACGUCCGCCGCUGCUAAUACCACUAUUACGGAAGUGACUCCCGACCUGGCGCCCGAGUCAUCAGUAUCAACCCAACAUUGUGACGAAACAAGUCUUUAUUGGAAGACGCGGAGGUCCAUCGCCAUCCACGGUCCACCUCUCCGCCAACAAACUUUCACUUUGAUGUCUACAUACCAAAAAAUAACCCUGACUG